AAGCACCUGAGCUCUCCGCGCUUGAUCCACAAACGACUCAUACGACUUCGACCAUGAGAUCUUUCAAACAAGCUCUUCGACGCCAGUCAAUUCAUAUUCAUCCCGCAUGUCUUUCAGUCCUUUCCACAAAUCCUAGGCGCCGCUUCAGUGUACUGACUAUCUCCCAGCUCACCUGACCCAUAACCGGUGGCUUUAUCGCCUUCUUCAUCAUCACCACCAUGGCCCUGUUCAGCUCCUGCUGCGGCAGCUCCGACGAUGACGACGACACUCAACCUCCACGAGAUUCUCGCGACCGCAUCGUCGUAGCACGUGGAGAGACUCCAGACUUCCGCGCCGUGCACUACAAGGACGCCGAAGCAGGCCCAGAGCCUAACGCCGACGCUGCGUCCGACAGGUCCUCGCAACUCUCGCCGCGCGCAACUCCCCCCCGCCGCUCGCAGACACCUACCAGGGAUUCGCCAAGUGCACCAGGUAACCCCCAGGUUGCCUCACCAUUUAACUACUCUCAGCCAUCGCAGCCUCGGACUCCUCCAAGCGUCAGCACAGCUCGUCGUGUUGGUCAAAAAGAUGAGGGCAUGAAGGCAGUCGGUGCCGCAAGCGCUUCUGGUCCCAGUCAGCAGACUGCUGAUGGCGAAGUCAGCAUGGCGGAUAUUCGGAAGUUUAUGGGCGACGAAGUCCAGAAGAUGUAGUAGAGCAUCGAGGUCCGGAAUGCGUAAAUGCAUCAUGAUGCUUUGCAUUGAGGCUGUACUGGUGUGAGCGAGGGAAAGGUAAU